AGAGGUGGGAAUAACGGCAGUUUGCCUCAGGCUACAAUUUGCGUCGAAUUGUGGUGCUGUCAAACCGCUUUUGGGUGGUUCAGCAUCUCUGAAAUUGGGUGGGAAGAGUCCAUUUAAUCCAUUUUGAGGUUUAACAACCCCCGCUUGCGGCGUUAAAAGAAGAAUAAGAAGGGAUUUCACCACAAAGGUGCGCAUCUCCUUUCGGAUUGAGCGCAAGAUCCGAGUUAAGCAAAGAAGGGGAAUAAGGAGGGAGCAUUUUCACUCGAGUAGGAAAAUACUGGUUUUCCUGAGAUUUCAAGGACCCCUUUCCUAGCAUCUUAAAAUAGCAGCUAAACUUGGGUGCUGCCUACCUCAGGCUGCUUCUGCCAUGGGGGAUGUGAAGAAUUUCCUAUAUGCUUGGUGUGGCAAGCGAAAAAUCACCAUCGCUUAUGAGAUCCGUGCUGUGGGCAACAAGAACAGGCAGAAAUUUGUGUGUGAGGUUCGUGUGACAGGUUUCAACUAUAUUGGUAUGGGCAAUUCCACCAACAAGAAGGAUGCUCAGACCAAUGCUGCAAGAGACUUCCUUAAUUAUCUUGUUCGAGUGAAUGAAAUCAAAAGUGAAGAAAUUCCAGCUUUUGGAACGGGAGCAGUGGGUGGUCCUACUGAAGGUGCCUCUGGAGCAGAUAUUGGAGAUGGACCUGAUGCUCCUUUGGGAGGGCCUAUUCCCCCUCAUUUGGCUCUCAAAUCAGAAAUUGAUGCUGGUACUACUUUUACUGAAACAGGAGUUGGAAAUUCUGGCUAUGGUGGAGCUCAGUGGGAUCGUGGUGCUAACUUGAAUGAUUAUUACUCCCGGAAGGAAGAACAGGAGGUCCAGGCUACUUUGGAGUCAGAAGAAAUUGAUUUAAAUGCUGGCCUUCAUGGAAAUUGGACUUUGGAGAAUGCUAAAGCCCGUCUGAAUCAGUUUUUCCAAAAGGAAAAAAUCCAAGGCGAAUAUAAAUACACUCAAGUGGGACCUGAUCACAACAGGAGCUUCAUUGCAGAAAUGACUAUUUAUGUCAAACAGCUGGGCAGAAGAAUCUUUGCUCGUGAGCAUGGCUCAAAUAAAAAGCUGGCAGCACAGUCCUGUGCUCUUUCUUUGGUCAGACAGCUCUAUCAUUUGAGCAUCAUUGAAGCUUAUUCUGGACAAACCAAGAAGAAAGAAGGUGAAUCGGUAGAGCCUUAUGAUAUCAAUCUCACUUCUAAUUUGGAAAACCAGUUGAAGAGAAUUGUAGAUGAUAUGUGUCUUGAAGUCAUUCCACCACCUGAAGAUCCCAGUUCACCUGUUCUGCUCAGCAUUGGAAAGUUAGCUCACUUUGAACCAUCCCAGAAGCAGAAUCAAACGGGAGUUGUGCCAUGGUCCCCACCUCAGUCAAACUGGAAUCCAUGGACUAGCAGCAAUAUUGAUGAGGGUCCUCUGUCAUAUGCUACACCAGAACAGAUCAGUAUUGACAUAAAGAACAACCUCUUGUAUCAGCUGGAAAAUGACCAGGAACUAAAGAAAAUUCUUCAAGAGAGGGAAACCCUGCCUGUGAAGAACUUUGAGGGAAGAAUCCUGGACGCCAUAAAUCAUAACUCCGUUGUGAUCAUCCGUGGGGCUACAGGUUGUGGCAAAACCACACAGGUUCCACAGUACAUCUUGGAUGAAUGCAUCCACAGUGGAAGAGCUGCAGAAUGCAAUAUUGUUGUCACUCAGCCUAGGAGGAUCAGCGCUGUCUCUGUAGCAGAAAGAGUUGCUUACGAAAGAGGAGAAGAGCCUGGAAGUAGUUGUGGCUACAGUGUUCGCUUUGAAUCAAUGCUUCCCCGACCACAUGCCAGUGUGAUGUUCUGCACUGUAGGUGUCCUCCUGAGAAAGCUGGAAGCUGGCAUUCGUGGAAUCAGUCAUGUCAUAGUGGAUGAAAUUCAUGAGAGAGACAUUAAUACUGAUUUCCUUUUGGUAGUUCUGCGGGAUGUUGUUCAAGCCUAUCCUGAAAUCCGGGUUAUUCUCAUGUCGGCUACUAUUGAUACCAGCAUGUUCUGUGAAUAUUUUUUUAAUUGCCCUAUUAUUGAAGUCUUUGGUAGAACCUAUCCAGUUCAAGAAUAUUUUCUGGAAGAUUGUAUUCAAAUGACUAAAUUUAUUCCUCCACCGAAGGAUAAGAAAAAGAAAGAUAAAGAUGAAGAAGGUACUGAAGAUGAGGAUGCAAACUGCAACCUUAUCUGUAGUGAUGAAUAUGGCCUAGAAACCAAAAGCCGCAUGGCCCAGAUGAAUGAGAAGGAAACUCCUUUUGAACUCAUUGAGGCUUUGUUGAAAUAUAUUGAGACCUUGAAUGCCGUAGGAGCAGUCCUUGUCUUCUUGCCUGGCUGGAAUCUGAUAUACACUAUGCAGAAAUACCUGGAAACGAAUCCACACUUCGGAAGCCAGAGAUACCGAGUUCUUCCUCUGCAUUCCCAGAUACCUCGAGAAGAGCAGCGCAAAGUAUUUGAUCCAGUGGCCCCUGGAAUAACUAAGGUGAUCUUAUCAACCAACAUUGCAGAGACCAGCAUAACCAUCAAUGAUGUGGUCUACGUUAUUGAUUCUUGCAAACAGAAAGUUAAACUAUUCACUGCUCAUAACAACAUGACCAAUUAUGCCACUGUGUGGGCCUCAAAAACAAAUCUAGAGCAACGGAAAGGACGGGCUGGUCGCGUCCGUCCUGGAUUCUGCUUUCAUCUUUGCAGCAGAGCACGUUUUGACAGACUUGAGACUCAUAUGACCCCCGAAAUGUUUCGAACACCUCUGCAUGAAAUUGCUUUGAGCAUCAAGCUGCUAAGAUUAGGCGGGAUUGGACAAUUUCUGGCCAAAGCUAUAGAGCCGCCCCCCUUGGAUGCAGUGAUUGAAGCAGAGCAUACACUCCGAGAGCUUGAUGCCCUGGAUUCCAAUGAUGAACUGACCCCCCUUGGGAGAAUUUUAGCAAGGCUCCCCAUUGAACCUCGACUUGGCAAAAUGAUGAUAAUGGGGUGCAUAUUUUAUGUUGGUGAUGCUGUGUGUACUAUCUCUGCUGCGACCUGCUUCCCUGAGCCGUUCAUCAGUGAGGGUAAAAGGCUGGGUUAUGUCCAUAGGAAUUUUGCUGGGAACAGGUUCUCCGAUCAUGUGGCCCUGCUCUCAGUCUUCCAAGCCUGGGAUAAUGCAAGAAUGGGUGGAGAAAAUGCUGAAAUUCGUUUCUGUGAGUUUAAGAGACUCAAUAUGGCAACACUCAGAAUGACCUGGGAAGCCAAAGUACAGCUGAAAGAAAUUCUGGUUAACUCUGGAUUCCCAGAAGAUCCGGACACGCGCUAUCUCAGCCAAAGCAAUGACCUUAGUGAGCCCUUUACAGCUGCUUCUCUUUGGCUCGAAGAAAGUGGUAUCCGAUGGAGAAAUUAUUAUGUUAGAUGACUGGAUCAAACUGAGGAUGCCGCACCAUGCAGCUUCCUGUAUUAUUUCUUUGCGUGCAGCAAUGGAAGCUCUCGUGGUAGAAGUAACAAAAAAUCCAGAAAUCAUUAGUGAAUUAGACAAUAUGAACAAACAGAUGCUGAAUGUAAUUUGCGAAGUCUCCAAACCUUUGGCUGCUGGAAUUAAUCUUGCAGUAGGUGGCAACAUGAGGUUUGGUGAUGGACCUCGUCCACCUAAAAUGGCUCGAUAUGACAGUGGAGGUGGCUACAGAGGAAGAAGUGGAGGUGGCUACAGGGGGGGCUACCAAGGUGGAUAUGGAGGCGGAUAUCGUGGUGGAUAUAAUUCUUACCGUGGUGGUGGUGGUGGUGGUGGUGGUGGUGGUGGUGCUUCUGGGGGAAGAGGUUAUUCAGGAGGGGCUAGAGGUGGAUUUCGAGGUAGUGGAGGUUUUCAAGGUUCAGGUGGAGGAUACCAAACUGGAAGAAACAGAGGUGGUGGUGGAUUUAGAGGAGGAUGGAGUGGUUACUGAUAAAAUGCUAGUGAGGAUGUGUUGCACAUUGAAUCUGAAGCUGAAAAGAAGCUUAAAGAGGUUCAGUCCUUCCUGGGUUCCAUGGUAAGCACCUGAUCUCUGGGAAAUAGGUUUAGGGUCAAGGUGUUGCCAAUAGACUGUUCCACUCUAAAGCAUCAUUUUGUCUACAUUCAAAGCAUAGGCAUCCUUAAACGUUAGUAAUUCCAGAAUAAAAGUAUGCAUGAACUUGUUAUAUUCCAUACAUUUCUUUAUUUGUAAUACAGAUCUCUUUCUGAUUUAUGAGUUCAUACUUCAGAAUAUUAAUUUCAAAUUAUAUUUAUAUGCAGUAUUCACAUUGCUUUAAUUUUGUAUGUUUAUUUUGAUCCCAAUGAAGUUGUUAAUUUUUAAGGGAUUAGUCUUAGGUGUAAGCUUGAAUUUUAGGUUGAUAGUUGUAUCAUCAAAAACUGUAUGAAUUGAUUGAUGCCUUUGGUACUAGGAUUGCCAGUUAGGAGCUUAAAGUUCUUUAUCUGUUCAAAUGUUUGUCACAUACAGCAACUUCUAAAAUAAAAAAUACUACAACUCCAAAAAUGUCAUAAA